AUGCGGUCCUCCGUUGUCAAGUUUGUUCUCGCCGCCGCCUCCCUCGGUGCGGUCGUAGACGCCUCCGUCGACAGUCUUCACACGAGGCUCUACCGUCGCCAGGGUGGUGCUUUUGAUCCCGAUGAGACCACCGCUUACGGUGCCGACUGCGUCGAGGCCUUCGGCCCCGGCUAUGUCGAGUGUGUUCCUGAGUCGAUUGGCGUGACCAGACUCUGUAUCAUUCCCAGGGGUUGCCCUGCCGCGUCCUUCUGCUUGGUCCAGGACCUCUGCUGCCCUGAUGGUCUUGAUCCUCAAACCUGCGCUACCCAGAACAACGUCGACCUCCCUCCCAACUUUGUUCCCGGUGGCAACUCCCCCCCGGUUUCUUCGGAACCCGCCGAUCAGAGCAGCGCCAGCAUCCCCGCCGCUCCAACAGCGGAGGAGACUACCGGAGGUGGAAUCGGUGGUGUCAUCCCCACUCCCACCAGGGGCAGCGUGCCCUCUUCAUCUGUCCCCGUUCAGGUGAACGGAGCCGCCCGCGAAGGCUUUGGUGCCGCUAUCGCCCUUGCUGGUCUUGCUGCCGCCCUUAUUUGA